AUGGAGCCAAGCAACUUGUUAACCUACGUGACAAUUUUCGAUACAAUCGGUUUGAUUUUGUCGCUUUCGGCAAAUUCUAUACUUUUGAUAUUAAUCAAAUAUCGUUCGAGAGCAAGUUUUGGAGCUUACAAAUAUUUGAUGAUGAGUUAUGCAUUCGUUGAAGUUCUUUACUCAUUGUCUGCAUUUUCAUCUAAAACCGUGAGUUUAUUUCUGGGUUCAAAUAUGAUGUGAUUUGCUUGGUGACUCAACAAAACCUCGUGAAAUUUUGAAAUAAUUAAUAAUAAUUAAUUAAAUUUUAGUCCGCGCACAGCACAAAUACAUCAUACGUAUUAUUCCGAAUUUAUAAUGGACCAAAUCGAACAAUCGGACCAGCAUUUCAACGUGAGUGGGUUACUGUAGCAUAGAAAACGUAGGAAUGAAAUUCAAUUUUUCUGAAAAAUAGUUCACGCUCGGGAAAAAAAUGAAAUUGUUGCAGUUCAAUUUUGUACAAUGUAUACGGUACUCAUUGUUAUUCUCGUUGUUCAUUUUAUCUAUCGAUAUAUUGCAAUCUGUCGCACACAAAGUCUCAAACUUUUCCAAGGGCAUAAACUUUAUUUAUGGGUUGCUGCAUGUUUUGGAGUUGGAUUAUUUGUUGGAGUUAUGAAAUAUUUUCUGUUAGGAGAAUCAGAAGAAGCGACUGAAUUAUUACGUCCUGAAUUUUUGAAAUGGUAUAAUUUGACAAUGGAUCAAGUUUGUUAUAAUGGACCAAUUUAUUAUGUUUGUGAUAAGAAUAAUGAGAAUUGUUAUACUCCUUUGAAAACUGCGGUUGCUAUGAGUUUCAUUAAUUCUGCACUCGUUUUCUUUUUUAUUGUUAUGACAUAUUUUGGCUGGAAAUCUUAUAGUCAAUUAAAAGUCCCUGAUGUCACUUUGAGUCAACGAACUCGUCAAUUACAACAACAGCUUUUGACAGCCUUGAUUAUUCAAUCAGCAAUUCCAAGUUUAUUCAUGUAUUUUCCUGUUGGUUUAUUAUUUAUGUCUCCAAUUUUUGGUGUUGGUUUUGGAGCAUAUGCAAAUCUAUCAAUUCUGAGUUUAGCUAUUUAUCCACCUUUGGAUCAAAUUGCAAUUGUUUAUGUUAUCAAAGAUUUUCGAGUUGCAAUUAAAGGUAGUUUUGAUUAUCAGAAAAUUUAUGUACAUCUAAUAAAUGCGGAAUAAUUACAGAUUUUAUGAGUGGAAAACGAUCUGGGCGUGUGGCAAUCUAUGAUACAAGUCGAAAAAGUUCGACGAAAAUUAAUUCUUGA